GGAAAUUGGAAAUUUUGAAAAGAAAAAUCUCACAAUCAGGUGUUGUUAACAGACGUGUUUUGAAAACUGUUGGGUUCUCUAGUGGGUGUGUGCACCAGGUUGGCGCACACUUCUCAGGGAAAACAGUUAGCAGUUUUUAGAGAUAGCAGCGGUCACUGACUUGCCUUAGUCAUUCGUGUGUAUUGUUUAGAGUGCAUGCGUCUGGUGAAUCCUGAAAAUGUAUUGACGUCGACGUAAUACACAAGUGACUAGAGAUGGGUAGUGCUCAGAGAAGAGGGGGGACUAGUUGGAACCAUGUCGUCUUUCCGACCCUGUGUGAGUUUAUGUCAGAACAUUAUCCGGGCAGUUUAGAUCAAAUACAAAAAUGGAUAGAAGUUGGUUUUCCUUCAAACGGAAGUUUGAGUGUGAAUCAAUUAAAACAGUUGGAGGUGCAACUGAGGGAGAUGUGAUAUUUAAGGCAGACUGGGAAGCUUUUGGAAUGUGGGAAUUUGAGUCAAAAAAAAGGGAGAGACAGAGAUUGAAAGCAUUUAAUUCGCUAAAUUCAAAAAAACCUACAAAGAAUGUUAACAAGUGUCAUUGCAUUCACCCAAAUACUGUGUAUCCUUGUCUUUCUGAGGUACUGAGAGAAUCGGUGGCUCCAGACCUGGAUUCCGCCCCCCCCCUUUCCUCCUCCUCCUCAGUCAAAUGCAGCACACGCUUCAGCAAACAUGAGAAGUGGACAGCAGCCAGAUUCAAUCACCAACGAGACGACCUCCUCACCGGCCGUGACCCGCCUACAGUCUCAACAGGAGAGGGCCAUGUUGCAGGAAGAGAGGGAGGCUCUCAUGCCAAUGAAAGAAGUGGUGGGGGCAGAAGGCCUGAUGCAGGUUUUAGGACCCGAGUCAGAUGCAGAUAUAAAUGAAGCAAUGAUUCAUGUCUGCAAUCCAAAAAACGAUCUCACUAAAUGGGAGACUGAUCUUAGGCAAUUUGUCGGACAAUAUCGUCCCACCAUGUUACAAUUACGGCGUUUGAUGGGCAAGGUGCUGAAACAUGAUUAUCACAAAAUUCGGAAUGUUUUCAACAUUGCAAGAAUGACUUUCCACCUGAGUGAGCCACUCUACGAGGAUCCCAAAAAUUUGGAUUUUCGAGAUGCUGUUGAUGUCCUCAUUGCAACCGUAAAAGAAACGUUCCAUUUGAAACUAAACCUUUCCGAUAUCACCUCUUUGUCACAAGGGCCACAAGAGACAUGCAGUUUCUGUCUGUCACGCCUGACGACAGCCUUUAACACUCAAUGCAGCUUCACCGGACACAGUCCAAGAGGGACACAGACUCUGGAACAAUGCAAAGACCAUCUGGAAGAGCGUUUUGUGAGCGGGACGAGACCAAAACUCCGGCAGAUGGUGAGAAAAUCAUAUGUUCCACGAACAGAUGUCCUAAAGCACGCUGAACAUGCUAAGACGGAGUUGCACAGAAAAGAGAUGCUUGCAAUGAUCAACACGCUUGCAAGGCAAAUACGGAAUAUUCCCCCAUGGCAACUUGGGAGGACAAGAGGUCGCGGCAGAGGCAGAAUGGAUCUGACCUUGGAAAGAUAUGAUUCAAGUGUGUGCUACAACGGCGGAGGGCAUGGACACUGGCGAACAGAGUGUCCGGAGCCCAAAAAGGAAGACCCACUUUCUACACGUCUGAGCGGAGGGAGGCGGGGGAGGGGCGGAUCCAAGAGACGGACAACCCUCUCCAGGGAAAACAACACUUCACACACAGGUGAAAGCUGCACUUCCCUCACCAGCCACUGCGAUCCAGCAUCACCUGAAACCAGGAGACUGGGUGCUCAUCAAGGAUCACAGGAGAAAGCAUUGGAAGCAGAGACGCGACACGGGUCCCUUCCAAGUACUCCUGACCACAGAGACGGCGGUGAAAGUGGAAGGAAAAGCAACAUGGGUCCACGCUAG